CUGUCCGGACGCUCCUUCACUCCGCUCCUCUCACUGGAACAUCCGGGACGCACCAGUGCACUGAAGUAACGCGCAAAGGUUACAAACACACCGAGAAAAAAAGAAAAAAAAAAAAAAAAGGAAGGAAUAUUUAGAACCGGAACAACUGGAAGGAAUACAACUUGUAGAUGAUCAUAUUUCCCCCCCGAAAAAUCUCUGGACGUUUUGACAUCAUGAGGAUUUUCAGUGCUGUGCUCUUACUCGUUCACGCCUUGGUGGUGUCCAGACCGGCCAGUGGUGCUGCAGUUGACAGGUAUGAGAGCGACAGGCAGCGGCACACAACUGUUAUCAACUUGGACACGACCAAAGACAGGAGGGUGGAGGAGGAGAGCAGAAGCGUGAGUGCUACAACAGCGGAGAAUGGUCAGGCUGGCGAGGAGUAUGGAGAUUAUUAUUAUGAAGACGAGUACGAAGAUGGCAUGUCGGGAGACUAUGGGGAACUGCCACGAAUUGCCAUGGUAAGCAAACCCAAAGACCCCUCUGCCAUCCUGGAGACUGAAAGCACAGAAGGAAAGAGAAAGAGAGCAAAGGGAAGAAAGAGGGGGAAAGGCAAGGGAAUGAAGAGGAAUCCUUGCCUGAAGAAGUAUAAAGAUUUCUGCAUUCACGGCACCUGCCAGUACCUGAGGGACCUCCAUGCCCCGUCCUGUGUGUGCCACCCGAGUUACUCUGGGGAGAGGUGUCAGUUUUUCACGUUGCCCUUGGAGAAGCCUCAGGAGGGCUACAACCGCACCACAGCCCUGGCGGUGGUGGCGGUGGUGCUGUCGUCCGUCUGCCUCACCAUCAUAGCCCUUCUAUUGUUGCUUAGGUUUCACAAGAGGGGAGCGUAUGAUGUAGAGAAUGAAGAGAAGGUCAAAUUAGGGUUAGCGUCCAACCACUGAAGAGACUAAGAGAGGCAAAGAUGUGGAAAUUCUACCUCAAAAUAGAAAAAGAGAAGUGAACCGCGAAUGGAGGUCCUAGAGGGAAACGAUCAGACAUGAAGACGGGAACAGAGAUUGUCGCCGGCUUUAACCUCUGCCAGAUGUUCAGAUGUAAAAAUGGGCAGGUGAAUAUAUUCAGAAUAUAUAUAUUCAGAAGAAGUGGGCCCACCUGAAACUGGAAUACUAACAGCCCCGAGGAUGGACUGGAGAUGUGAUGAGCACGAAGGAACGAGAAGAAGAAGGAGAAGAAGGAGAAGAAGAAGAAGAAGAAGAAGGAACAUGUCUAGACUCUGCGCUGCUUCUUGACUGUGUGAAAAGAGGUCGUUUCAGACUGAACUGAACACGUUUUUUUUAACAAAAGCAUUUUGUAUUUUCCUGCACAAGUCCAUCUUUUUUUUUUGUGUACAGUAAACGGUAUAUUUAUAAUUUUUAUUUAUUUAUUUAAGCUAACUGUAUUUAUAGAGACUUUAACCACCUUCAGCCGUUUUAAAAAUAAUGAUGUUACAGUUGUUUUUAUAUUUCUUAUUGGAACGAUAUUUAUUUAUGAAACAGAAAAGCAAACGAUGCAGAAGCUCCUUGAGAUAUUCAGCAUUUCAUGGAAAGAGUUAUGAUGCAUAACUAUCUGAUUUCUGGCUUUAAGUUUGGCACUCAGUAGAUGAUCAAUAGCACUGUGAUUAAAAAAUUGAUCGUUGAAUAGACAGGAUCUUUUUUUUAUUUUUUUAUUUUUAAAUUCUGGUUAGUUUCAUUGAGAGCAAUGCUUUUCAGGAACGCCCUGCUCACACUCACACAGUUACACACAUUAACAGCUGAAGGCUGCAACCAGUUGGAUCUGUCAGCCAAUCAGCAGCUCCUCUGUAGAAGUUGAGGGUUCAGAGGUUCCGUGCUCAAAGGCACACCAGUGGUGGUAACGGGGCGGGGGGCUGCUCUUCCAGCUACACUAAACACGCAGUAGGUUUAGUGUUCUGUCUCAAUGUUAUAAGAUCAGAUCAAUGCCUGUCAUUAACGAUGCAUUGCACUUGCUAUGUAUUGAGUAAAGCUUGCUAUGUAAGAGAUAAAAACUUCACUCAGCAACUGCGAUGUAAAGAAACCUUUAAAAGGGAGUCAAAUAUCAAAUGCACUGUAGCAAGAAUUUGGUAUGAAUAUGUUGUCUUACCAUCAUUAGAGGAGAAACUCUAUGUUAAGCUGUCAAGCAAAAACAAAAUGUGAAUCCAAGUGUUCCACCCUUUCAAAUCCUGUCCUGCAGUUUUGAAGUGAUUUUUAUUUAUGUGAUUUCUUUUUUUCCAGAGCAAAUAAAUAAUAAAAAAAAAAAAGACUA